AUCAUUGGGAGGGGAGAGGGAGCCCAAGCAGAGGAGACUUUGGGGGGGGACUGCGGAUCCCAGGUUGCUGUGGCUCUCAGGUCCAGUGAUUCGGGGCAGCUUCCAGCCUGCCCACUGCAUCCCUGCAGCAAGCCCUGCCUUACUUACUAAGAGGGGAAUCGGAGUUUGCUCCAAGGACAAGCCAUUUCCCCCAUUCCUGCUCCAGCCUACAGUGUGAGAACGGCUGCUCAAGGCAGCUCUGGGGCCCCGUGGCCUGCCCACGUCCAGCAACUGUGUACCUGGGGACAGGAAUUGUCCACGCACAAAACAUGGCCAAGACCCAGGUCUCAACAUUAGAAAAUGAGAUACAAGACUUCCUUGGUGAUGAGGAAACGGUUCCGGCUUUACCGAAACGCCCUGAAAGACGCAAGUAGCAGCGCCGGGCACCAUGGCCCCCAGCUCGCGGCGGCCUCCAGCCCGUCGGUGUUCCCGGGCCUGCACGAGCAGCCGCCGCAGGCGUCCCCCAGCGGCACUCUGAACGGACUCCUGCGUCUGGGGCUCCCCGGAGACAUGUACGCGCGGCCCGAACCCUUCGCGCCGCCGGGGCCGGUGGCCCGCAGCGACGCCCUGGCAGCCGCCGCCGCCCUGCACGGCUACGGGGGCAUGAACCUGACCGUGAACCUCGGCGCGCCCCACGGCCCCGGCGCCUUCUUCCGCUACAUGCGCCAGCCCAUCAAGCAGGAGCUCAUCUGCAAGUGGCUGGCGGGCGACGGCCCCGCGGCCCCGCGCCUCUGCUCCAAAACUUUCAGCACCAUGCACGAGCUGGUCACGCACGUCACCGUGGAGCACGUCGGCGGCCCCGAGCAGGCCAACCACAUCUGCUUCUGGGAGGAGUGUCCGCGCCAGGGCAAGCCCUUUAAAGCCAAAUACAAACUGGUCAACCACAUUCGCGUGCACACGGGCGAGAAGCCCUUCCCCUGUCCGUUCCCGGGGUGUGGGAAGGUCUUUGCUAGAUCAGAAAAUCUCAAAAUACACAAAAGAACUCACACAGGGGAGAAGCCCUUCAAGUGCGAGUUCGCGGGCUGCGAGCGGCGCUUCGCCAACAGCAGCGACCGCAAGAAGCACUCGCACGUGCACACGAGCGAUAAGCCCUACACGUGCAAAGUGCGCGGCUGCGACAAGUGCUACACGCACCCCAGCUCCCUGCGCAAGCACAUGAAGGUGCACGGGCGCUCGCCGCCGCCGCCCAGCUCCGGCUACGACUCGGCCCCGCCGUCCGCCCUCGUGUCGCCCUCGUCCGACUUCGGCCGCGAGCCCCCGGCGGCCUCCUCGGCGGCGGCGGCGGCGGCGGCGGCGGCGCGUGGGGGCGCCGACCUGAGCGAAUGAUGUCCAGUGCGUCGCUCGCAAGGUAAUCUCUCCGGGCGCAGCUGAGCGCCCGCAUCCCGCGCCGGCCACAUCAAAGCGCCCGCGCACAAAGCAACGUUUCUUCGCCACGGCGCAUCUUCAUGGUAAGUUAGGAUUUCUAUGGCAAUGGGCGAGUCGCACUGAAAUCCUGAAAGGCCGAGCCUGGAGCCCGUCCAGGCUUUUCAUUAAGGACAUAAUAUUUACGUCUAACAGGCCUUUUUUCUUGUGUAUACAAGUAUAUAUUUUUGUUUGACGCGGACUAAAUCAUUUUCAUUUAAUUUCCGGUAAACAAAACCCACGCGAAUGGGCACUUGUUCCCGAUCAUAAUAAAAAUGGAUGAUAAUGCGAGGGGAAGAAAAGAGCCGCCUGAACCGCCGCCCGGCCCUUUGUUUCUGCUUUUCUGCGGUGAUCAGAGGGCGCAUUUGGGUUUGAUGGCGAGUUUCUAAAGGCGAGGAAAUGGUUUGUAAGAGGGGAAAGAAAAGGAGAAAGGUCUAAUCAAGCUCGGGUUGUUCAAAGAGUCGGGUUUUGGGGUUGAAAGUGUGAGUUGGACGCUGCAUCAGCACGCUGCGUUAGGCUCGUCAUGGAAAUGUGCGCGCAGCGCGGUCUCUUCAAAGCCGACACACUUCGCCGCAGACACUCUAUUAAGAUACAUUUGCGCUGACCUUUGCUUUCACGCCAUUUAAUACUGUCACCGCGCGCUUCGGCACAGACUUCCUCCCUAGGACCUGCCUCUCCCGCCUUUCGGGGUUCACCCGGCUCUCCGAUGGAGGGGCUGGGGGUGGGGAGGGGGUGCGCUUUCAGGACCGGGAGGAGCCGGCUCCGGAGAAUUCUUGACUGCGUCCCCAGUGAGGUCCCAGGGUCAGGAGUAAGGAACUGGGGGGUGGGGUGGGGGGGGGCGGGCAACCUCAGCAGUUUCACAAAUGAGCAGCCCCAGCUGUUGGGGGGGAGGGGGGGCAGAGCGGAGGAUCCCCGAUCUCAGGCCGGCUGGGGAGCACUGACUUAGAAAGGGGAGCAAAAACGAGCCCUCCUGGGUCAACCAGGGGUUCAGCGUUGGGGACAGUGACAUUCUGGCCCCCAGCGCAAUCCAAGCCUCCAUCCCAGGAGUCUCCCUAACCCCCAAAUUUGUUUUCCCCCAGAGUGGGGGUGUUUGAUAACCCCCAGGCCAGGACUGGCCCUGGGCGCGAUUUUAAACGCCCAAGGCCAAGGGGAUAGGAAAGAAAGAUGGCAAGAAAGUUAGAAGUCCAUGUUCCCUUAAUUGUCUUGUUGUUUAUUUUAUCCAAGUACCCCAGUGAAUAGGGGAAAAAUAAACAUGGUGGAAAAAAAUCAAACAGUGGAGUCUUCUUUAGUGCUAGUCCUUGUGGUUGAAUAAAAAGGAUGGUCCGGUUUCUAUUGAGCUGAGAGAUCUUUGAAGUGGGGGUUAUUAUCUGAGACAUUCCUGCUUGUCGUCCUAACAACGCUGAUGAAACGUAAAACGUUCUUUGUCAGCGAUUUGUUCUCCUCGCUGUCAAACUCCCCCUGCUCCGUUAGUUUCAAACCGUUUCUAAAGAGAUAAAAAUCAAACUUUUUUUUUUAGAAAAAAUUAAAAGAGGCAAACUCUACUAGCUGAUAACUUUAGGAAUCAGUCCUGCUAAGGGAAAACAAGAACACCAAACCAAAAUAAUAAUAAUAACAAUAAUAAUAAUAAGGCAGAGAGCUGGGGCCUGGGGUCUGUGGAGGUGAGCAGAUGUGGAGGGCCUGGGCUUAGCUCUGGGAUCUGGGGGAGGUUUCUAAGAAGGUAAGUGCAGGCAGAGACUCUGAACUCCAAGCCUAUGUUGUGCCCACUUCUCCCGCCUCAGUCCCUCCAAGUCCCCUCUCUCUCAUCGGCAUCCUCUUGGGACUCCUUGAGCUUCCAAUAUUCUUCUUGCCCAGGAUGCUUGGAACUAAGGCUUCAGCCAAGCGAUGGUUAAUAUUUCCUGCUCCUCAAAGACAAUCUUUGCUAAAAAUAGGCCCAUUGUGUGUUCCUUCCCACUAGCUGCAAUCAGCCAGCCCUUUCUGCCAUUAAUAGAAAGGAGAGGUGGCUGGAGGGGGAGAGACAUUUUAAUACUUUCCUGUUUUCUUCGGAAGCUUGGCAAUUGGGGCUCAGGAGAUUCUGUCUACAAGAUAAUGACCCCCCAGUGCAUGCCAGUGCCCCUUUCCACCCACACGUGUGUGUGCAGUUCUUUACUUUAUAUUGUGCCCAGGGAAGAAACUUCCACCCUGUCCAGCUGUCCCCCCAGUCUCCAAGUUUUCAAGGUGGUUUAAAAAAAAGCCAAAAAAAAUACCCAAGGUUGUUCCAGCUUCCCCCCUCACCCCCUGUGUGUUGAAUAAAUGAUUUGUAAAGAAGUUUCCCCAAGCUGUAACCCAUGCUGUUAUUAUAGUUGCUACAAAAUGUUGUAUCUUAUAUUGAUUUUUAUUUGUUUACUGGAGGUCCCCAUAUGUUUGUUUAUAUCGCUAAUUUAUGGGAAAAUGUAAUGAUUGUAAUGAAUGUGAAUUAUACAGACAGGCAAAUGUUUUGUAACCAUAAUUCACACGUACAAAAAAAAAAGCAAAAGCAAAAAAAAAAUCCCUGAUUGAAACCUUACACACUCUCCCCUCACUGUGCUUUUUCAUCAGCCCCUUAGCAUCCUUAAACUGUGAUCUAACUUGAAAGAAGAAAAAAGUUGUUAUGUAUUUGACUAAAGUGAUUGUCAAUGAGCACCUAGUUGAAAGCCCUGGUUUCAUCAUUGCUGUAAAUAUGUACAAAUGAACUGAGAUCUGUGAUUCUUUUCCCUCUAAAGAUCUUUGUGUACAUGGAGAUCCAUUUUGCUACUUUCUUUGGAAAUAAAUGAUGUCAUGUCUC